AUGCACCCCAUCACCAUCCUCGCCCUCCUCACGGCCUUCGCCGCCGCUUCCCCCGUCCUAACCUCCCCUCGCAACACCGAUUCUGCACCCGCGCCAACCAUCAACAAGCGCGUCGACAUUUACUGGGGAUGGUUUGCGAGAGACGCCGAGGAGAUCAACAAGGAGGAAGGCGCUGGCGCUGGCGAGACACGUGACUCUGAUGCUAUUGUUGCCGAGGGCGUCGAGGGUGAGCAGAAGUGA